CUUUUAAAAAGGCCGCGGCGCCGGGAGCGGAGCGCGGCGCUGCCCGGGUUCGGUUACAUAACCGCCCGGCCUCACCCCAGCUCGCUCUCCGGCGCCGUAACAAAAAAGUUGGCAGCCUUUUUUUGGGGCCCUGCCCAGCAGUUGUCCGUUAAGAUUAUGUAACUGAACAAUGGGCCUUGUCUGGAACUUCUUCAUCUUUCAAAGGGGCUGAUCGGCGCCGUCCAGGUGGCUGACGAUUUAACGCCCGCCGAGUCGGGGCGGCCCCGAGCGUGGCAGGCGGGAGUGUGGCACCGAUAACGCGGUUUGGAAGGAUGCUCCAGUGGUGCUGGCCCGGCCACCUGACACUCCUCAGCGCCGCAGCCAUCUGGUGCCUUUUAAACGCAGUGAUCACUCCUGUAAUUUGGGCGGCGCACGCAGGAGUUCGGUUAAAAAAAAUGCACUUAUCGUUUCGUAUCAGGUGGCCUUUUGGGGGAAAGUUUGAGAUACGGAGGGAGACUGCGCUUCGACUUUGGAGAAAAGGCUGGCCUUCAAGUAUUUACAGCCUUAAAAAGGCUCGUAAAUAACUCGGGGUAGCGUUUAAGCCUCUUUCCGGAAAGAAUAUUUUAUUUGAGUUUGCUCUCCAAAGCUCGAGGAAUCGAUUCCAGUUCUGUUAAACUCCGAGGUGGCUCUCUAUUCAUGGAUACAGAAAAAUCAGGAAAAAGGGAAUUUGAUGUUCGACAGACUCCUCAAGUGAAUAUUAAUCCUUUUACUCCAGAUUCUCUGUUACUGCAUUCCUCAGGACAGUGUCGUAGAAGAAAGAGAGCAUAUUGGAAUGAUUCCUGUGGUGAAGACAUGGAAGCCAGUGAUUAUGAGUUUGAAGAUGAAACAAGACCUGCUAAAAGAAUUACAAUUACUGAAAGCAAUAUGAAGUCUCGAUAUACAACAGAAUUUCAUGAGCUAGAGAAGAUUGGUUCUGGAGAAUUUGGUUCUGUGUUUAAAUGUGUGAAGAGGCUGGAUGGAUGCGUUUAUGCCAUAAAGCGAUCAAAAAAGCCAUUGGCUGGCUCUGUUGAUGAGCAGAAUGCUUUGAGAGAAGUAUAUGCUCACGCAGUGCUUGGGCAACAUUCUCAUGUAGUUCGAUACUUCUCUGCCUGGGCAGAAGAUGAUCAUAUGCUUAUACAGAAUGAAUAUUGUAACGGUGGCAGUUUAGCCGAUGCCAUAAGUGAAAACUACAGAAGUAUGAGUUACUUUACAGAAGCAGAGUUGAAGGAUCUCCUCUUACAAGUUGGCCGGGGCUUGAAGUAUAUUCAUUCAAUGUCUUUAGUUCACAUGGAUAUAAAGCCUAGUAAUAUUUUCAUAUCUCGAACUUCAAUCCCAAAUGCUGCCUCUGAAGAAGGAGAUGAAGAUGACUGGGCAUCCAACAAAGUUAUGUUUAAAAUAGGUGACCUUGGACAUGUAACAAGGAUCUCUAGUCCACAAGUUGAAGAGGGUGAUAGCCGUUUUCUUGCAAAUGAAGUUUUACAGGAGAACUAUACUCAUCUACCAAAAGCAGAUAUUUUUGCCCUUGCCCUCACAGUGGUAUGUGCUGCUGGUGCUGAGCCUCUUCCCAGAAAUGGAGACCAAUGGCAUGAAAUUAGACAGGGUAGAUUACCUCGGAUUCCACAAGUGCUUUCCCAAGAAUUUACAGAGUUGCUAAAAGUUAUGAUUCAUCCAGAUCCAGAGAGAAGACCUUCAGCAAUGGCACUGGUAAAGCAUUCAGUAUUACUGUCUGCUUCAAGGAAGAGUGCAGAACAAUUACGAAUAGAAUUGAAUGCUGAAAAGUUCAAAAAUUCACUUUUGCAGAAAGAACUCAAGAAAGCCCAGAUGGCAAAAGCUGCAGCUGAGGAAAGAGCACUCUUCACUGAUCGGAUGGCCACCAGGUCCACCACCCAGAGUAAUAGAACAUCUCGACUUAUUGGAAAGAAAAUGAACCGCUCUGUCAGCCUUACCAUAUACUGAACUACUCAUUACCCACCUCCCCCAAAAAAAACUGUGACAAGAGGAAGCUAGGUUGAAAUCACUGCUACAAUCGAGUUAGCAAUUCCUUUUUCAAUCGGUGUCAGUAAUUUUACUGAAAUACCUUUUAGGACUUAUUUGUGAAUUACAGUUUAAAGCUGUAUUUUGACCAGUGCUUUAUCAGGCUUUUGUCUAGUCGUACCAGUCUGUCUUCUGUAGGAUGUCGGUCACUGUUGGAUGUUACACCAGCCUUUCCAGGGUUAACCACUGUGGUGGUGUGCUGCUUAUGGUUUGCUGUUGCAUUGUAAUAAAAGGUAUCUUUUCCUGUAGUGACCUGUAAAACAAGGACUCAAGGGCUUUAUUACAUACCUGUUCUCCCUUUGAAGAGGGAAAUGCUAAGAGACUCAGUACUCCUCAGCUUUCAAUGUACCUGUGUGUCAAUCUUAUAUUUCUUUUUUUUUUUUUCUAAAUUGUGAAUUAUACUUGUAUAUCCAACUGGGAGCACUUUGUAGGCAUUGCAUGAACCAUGGAAUGAUAAUUCUGUGGAAGUACUGCCUUGUGAAUUUGCUGCUAUUUUAGUUUUGUCUUUGCUGUAAAAUUGUAGCAUUAAACAAUCAUUGUUGUUAAUAGGCUUUCUUUUUAAAACAAUUAUGUGAAAUAUAUAGCUGCUCUUGAUGACAGUAGCUAUAUGCCUUUUUUUUCUUUGAACUUUGAAGCUAGUGCAUUGGAGAAAUGCACCUCCCUCCCCUCCUUUGGAAUGCUGUAUUAAUGUAGUAUAAUUAUUACUGGUUUUGUACUUUUUUCCUGAUAAUACCCUUCUCUGACUCUUUAAAAAAUGUUUUCUCCUUCCACCCAAGUUUUGUACCUGAUUGUAUUGUUAGUCUGUUUUUAAAUGUUUUGCCCGGUUUCUCUUCAAUAUUUGUGUAUAUAAACUAAUCUUGGUGAUACUGUACAUAGCUGUUUGAAAUGGCAGAAUGAUUUCUGACUAUCCCAAGCUUUUCACAAAAUAUAUUUUAUCUGUGAUUAGCCAUUUGACUAAUAAUACUGGCUAACAGAUACUGCAAAAAAAAAAAAUAGAAUUUGUUGUUUUUCUAUUAAUUUUCUUUUAAAACAUGUUUGCACGUGUCUGUUUGACUUGUGUUUUAUUAACAUUGAUUGGCAUAUUAAAAGUCACUCUGAGCUUA